GAAUGACGUUCAUUAUUUUCUUGCCGGACUGUGUGAGCGAUGCUUGCAAUCGAAGUCUAAGUGAAGUUUCAGCCACACUUCGAGAUGUAGGAUGCAAUGUGGUUACGAAUAAAAUUAAUGGCACCUACAAAAAGAACUUAAUGGAACAGUUCAAGUCCUCCACGUUGACGAUUCUACAUCAAUGUAGAGAUUUCUGGAAACAGAUGAGAUCAAACGGCGUGAGGCUGGCUGACGAACUAAGACCAGUUGAAAAGUUGGUUUGCGUAAGAUUUAGUAGCAUCGACACACCCUUGACUGUGAAAGAAGAAAUUUUGUUUGCUAAAUUCUUUCUGUCAUUCAACGUGCAAGCCGUGCAUGAUGCUGAAAGCCUUGAUGGGUUUGUUGACAAAGUGAAGCAAUGUAAGGAUGAAUGGAUAUCCAGGACAAGGGAGACUACUGGUUCAUCGAAGUCGGAUAAUUUUGAAUCAGAGUUACAGAACGUUGAACAAGAGAUUUUACAAACUUUGGUGAGGCUGAAAAAUGAAGAAGAAUUAAGGCACAAAGAUAAUGGUGUUUGCCAUGUAAGAUAUCCGGAAGAAAAUUCAACUACAGCACAAAAUUAUGUUUUUGUUCUAGCUCCGAUCAGCUCAUUUAAUAAAUCACAUCUAAUAAAUUAUGACACAAUAAAAAGUCUAAAUGAACUCUACAAAGGAUUGAAAGAACUUCACAGAAGUCCAGAAAUUUUUGAAGCAAACAUUGAGUUUAUAUAUAACAAAAUCUUGCCAACAUUUUUCAAGUUUAAAGCAAUAUAUGGCCUUGCUCAAAUUGCUGCAAUCUGUAAGGAAAGACAAAUCCAGGAGAGAUGUUUUCUGUAUUUGGAGCUGCUGUUGUUGCAAAAAGAUGAGCUUACAUGUAAUUACAAUAAUCUGCAAGAUGUGCAGUUAAAGUUGACUAAAGUGAUGAAAUAUUUGAGAACUGAAUAUCCAAAAGGGGGAGAUCAAUUCACAAAUUCAUCAGUCAAGAAACUAAGUCAAAUUUUAGUAAUGGUUGAUGUACUUAAGUACUUGAAUCACAAAAGAAAGGGCAGUUCGAGAUCAGAUGAAAACUUCAGGACAAAGAUUAAAUCUCUUCUAACAGAGUGUAAUAAAGUUGGAGAGUGUGAUGUACACAUAACCACAGCACUGCAAUUUCUGAUGGAAUCCCCUCGUAAAUUGCAGAAUGCAAUCACCAAACAAAUCAGCCAGAAAAAAGAGAAAUUGUUAGCCAAUAUUUGGAGCAGCAAAAAACUCAGCACUCUUUUUUUGUCUUCACCAAAACAAAUUGUUUGUGUGAUUGGAUUCAUAAAACGACUUUUCUCAGGAACAGAUAGCACGAGGACAGAACUUCUUGACUGCUGUUUAAAGAAAAUAACUACAAGUAAAGUAAAUGUGAAUCCAGUUGUCAUUUCAAUGCUCAAGCAUGGCGUAGUGAUGUUUUUAACCCAUGGCUUAAAAAACAUUUCACAUCAACAUUCUCAAGAAAUUUGUGACAAGGGGAUAAUGCUCCUAAAGAGUUUAUCAAGCAAAGAACCUCUUGAUGAAAUGUGUCAUGAUCUGAGUGUGUUGCUGUUUAGUAAUGUUCCUACAGUUCGUAAAGGAGUGAUAGAAAUCUUCUAUGAAUUCAAGAUCUACAACAGGUGUCUAAAACCAUUUCUGGUUUUAGAAGUAAUUAACAAACUGGCACCAUUCUUGGAGAUAAAUGAUGAAGCAAUGCCUAAAUUUAUUGAGAAAGAACAUCAAGAAGGGUGGUUCACUCUGUGUGCUGAAUUUAAUCAUAAGCCAGCUAGAGUUAUUGCCCAUUACCCAUCAACAUCUGUACAUCAUGUAGAUAACCACACAGAGUUUGGGCAGGGCUGUGCUUAUAAAAAUGAGUUAGACUUGUUGAAGUCUUUAAGGCAUGACAAUAUCAUACAGCUUCUGGCUUAUCACAUGAGAUCUAUUCCUCAGUUCUACAUUAUUGAGGCCCAUGCUAACUUCCAGCAAAUGCUACGUUUGAAGAACUGGAAGAGAGACUACUACUCAGCAUCAUUGCUCCAUUCGUUUGUGAUCCAAGCAGCUGUGGCUGUUGAACACUGUCACCAAAGUGACAUUGUUGUGGCCUGCAUCACUGCUAAAAGCUUUGUUGUCACAGACUCUGGUCAGCUCAAGCUUGGUGACCUUCGGUGCGCUAAAAAGUUGAAUGGACUUUCAGAAAUUUUGAUUCCCACUUCUUCAUUCAUACCCAUAAAAUGGUGCGCCCCUGAAACUUUAAAGAGGUUAAAAAUUUCCUUUAAAUCUGACUACUGGAUGUUUGGGUGUCUAAUGGAAGAGGUUCUCACACAUGGCGCCCCACCCAACUCCCACACACCAUGUGAUGAUUGGACUUAUGUCAACAAUGUUUAUGAGAAUACAAAUCAACUAUACCAGGAGAAGUGCAUCAAUGACCAGCAUUUUGAAAUCAUUAAAAUGUGUGUUCAACAUGAUCCUAACCAAAGACUCACCAUAAGUCAAGCCAUAUAUCAGCUGAAGCAGGUUGACCAAGAAAGAAUAUCCAUAGAACAGCCAAGCUAUCCAAAUUUAGAAAAAGAGAAGCGUGUUCCUAAAUCCGAUUUAAAACCAGUUUCUGAACUACCAACUUAUUGCAACUUGAUACAUUCAUCACCAAUGAGUGUUAAAGAUUUAAGUGACACUUUAAAAGAAUACACAAUGGAUAACAGGGUGUUUGUCAGAGAGUUUCUCAAACCUUGUUCUCUAUCAGCUGAGGUUAUUGAUAAAAUUGGAAAAGGAGUUUUGGAUCUUAUACUGCCUAAAGUUGAUGUGAUUACUACACCAGAAGGAGCCAUGUGCAUUGUAAAAAUAAUGAUCAAUUGA